UAGCAGAAUUUACAUUUAACCUUCUUCUCUUGCUGCUUCUGUAGCGUAUCCUUUCAUGCAGAAAAGCUGGUUCCAUAAUGCGAGAAGGAAGAGACAGAGUUGUGAAUCUCUCAAUUGACAAGACAGGCAGGAUUCUUGCUUGCCAUGGAACUGAUUCUGUACUAGAAGUGUUUCAUAUCCUUUCCAAAGAGGAAAUUCAGAAGAAAAUGGAUAAGAAGAUGAAGAAAGCUAGAAAGAAAGCAAAGCUAAAUUCUGGCAAAGAGGGAGAGGAAGACAUUGAAAUCAAUGUUGAAAUGACUCUGAAAGAUGAAAUCCAAAGGGUGGCUAAUAUUAAAACUUCUGCCAAAAUCAAGUGAGUAAAAAUAAAUUAUCUGAAAUUAAAGAAAUGGUAACCUACAAAGUAAUAUU